CUGCGCCAGAUCAACUGGACUCACUCAUGCGCAUGUAUACAUCUCGCACCGCGCACCGAGGCACCGAUCCGUCGGAUCCGUCGUCGCUGAACAUUCCACUCGACAAACAUAACCUCAAAUUUGGAAAAAAAACACGGAUCGUCUUUAUCGAAAAUGUUUGCGACGAUUGUGUCUAAAUCAUCUCGAAACGGAGGGUUCAAGUUCCCAUUGUUUUACCGUUAUUCAACGAAGGCCAAAGAACCUGAGAUACCGAUCAAUCCUCUGAAGGAUAUUUACAGUGCGACAACACAGCCACGAAACGGUCAUAUGUAUGACAAAAAACCGUUCAAAAUUCGAUGCGAAGCCGGAAAAACUUACUCCUGGUGCUUGUGCGGUAGGAGCAAAACUCAGCCUUUCUGUGAUGGUACUCAUAAAAUUCCAUUCUGGAAAAUAGAUUUGAGGCCAAUACGUUUCACUGUUAAAGAAACCAAGGAAUAUUGGCUCUGCAAUUGCAAGCAAACGUCAAACAGACCGUUUUGCGAUGGUACUCAUUUGCAAGAACAUAUUCAAGCAGCCGUAAAGUCCUAAAGUGCCUGACUUUUUAUUAUAUUGUCAGAAGAGUCACCUCGAAUUUUUCAUUUGUACAUAAAUGAUGGUACACCUAUGCAUAGUGUAUAUAACUGAAUAAAUCAAUUUAAUAACUA